GGGGCCGGAAGAGGAAGUCGGCGCUGCAGUGGCGGCUCCAGCAGCCGCGGCGGCCCCAACCCAACCCCGCUGCCCGCCCCUGUCCGGCCCAGCCACCGAAGCAGCGCCGCGAGGUGACCCCGGAACCCGCCCCGCCUCGCGUCGCGCCGCCGGGCGCUCACCAGGCAGUCUGAUGGGGCUGCAGCAACCGCUGACCCCCGCCGCCCUGCUGUGGGGCUUUCUGCUCCCUCUGACAGCUGCUCAGGAAGCAAUCCUGCAUGCAUCUGGAAAUGGCAUGCCUUCACCAUCUAAGGACUACUGCAUGCUAUAUAACCCUCAUUGGACAGCUCUUCCAAGUACCCUAGAAAACGCAACUUCCAUUAGUUUGAUGAAUCUGACUACCACACCACUGUGCAACCUUUCUGAUAUUCCUCCUGAUGGAAUAAAGAACAAAGCAGUUGUGGUACAGUGGGGAACGUGCCAUUUUCUUGAAAAAGCCAGAAUUGCACAAACAGGAGGUGCUGAAGCAUUGUUGGUUGCCAAUAACAGUGUCCUCUUUCCUCCCUCAGGGAACAAAUCUGAAUUUCAUGAUGUGAAAAUACUGAUUGCAUUUAUAAACCACAAAGACUUUAAAGAUACAAAGCAGACUCUCGGAGAUAACAUUACUGUGAAAAUGUAUUCUCCAUCGUGGCCUAACUUUGACUAUACUAUGGUGGUUAUUUUUGUAAUUGCUGUGUUCACUGUGGCAUUAGGAGGAUACUGGAGUGGGCUAAUUGAAUUGGAAAGCAUGAAGGCAGUGACAAACACUGAAGAUAGAGAAAUGAGGAAAAAGAAGGAAGAAUAUUUUACUUUUAGUCCUCUAACAGUUGUAAUAUUUGUGGUCAUCUGCUGUGUUAUGAUGGUCUUACUUUAUUUCUUCUACAAAUGGUUGGUUUAUGUUAUGAUAGCAAUUUUCUGCAUAGCAUCAGCGAUGAGUCUGUACAACUGUCUUGCUGCACUAAUUCAGAAGAUACCAUGUGGACAAUGCAUGAUUAUGUGUCGUGGCAAAAGCAUUGAAGUGAGACUUAUUUUUCUCUCUGGACUGUGCAUAGCAAUAGCUGUUGUUUGGGCUGUAUUUCGAAAUGAAGAUAGGUGGGCUUGGAUUUUACAGGAUAUUUUAGGGAUUGCUUUCUGUCUGAAUUUAAUUAAAACACUGAAGUUACCCAACUUCAAGUCAUGUGUGAUACUUCUAAGCCUUCUCCUCCUCUAUGAUGUAUUUUUUGUUUUCAUAACACCAUUCAUCACAAAGAAUGGUGAGAGUAUCAUGAUUGAACUUGCAGCUGGACCUUUUGGAAAUAAUGAAAAGUUACCAGUAGUCAUCAGAGUACCAAAGCUGGCCUAUUUCUCAGUAAUGAGUGUGUGCCUCAUGCCAGUUUCAAUAUUGGGUUUUGGAGACAUUAUUGUACCAGGCCUGUUGAUUGCAUACUGUAGAAGAUUUGAUGUUCAGGCUGGUUCUUCUAUAUACUAUGUUUCCUCCACAGUUGCCUAUGCCGUCGGUAUGAUACUUACAUUUGUUGUUCUGGUGCUGAUGAAAAAGGGGCAACCUGCUCUCCUCUAUUUAGUACCUUGCACACUUAUUACUGCCUCAGUUGUUGCUUGGAGACGUAAGGAAAUGAAAAAGUUCUGGAAAGGUAGCGGCUAUCAGAUGAUGGACCAUCUGGACUAUGCAACAAAUGAAGAAAACCCUGUGACUGCUGGUGAACAGAUUGUCCAAUAAUAAUAUUAUGUGGACUUGCAAUAAUGUGUCAAUUGACUUUCUACAAAUAGAGUUGGCCAUUUUAAAUUGGCUUUUGAAUUGACAAUCUGAAAGAAACUUCAAUGCUGUGCUUGCAAAUAUGUAUUUUUAAGAGCUGGUACUGACGACUACAUGAUAAGUAAUUAAAAUACAUUUGCUUUUAACUACAUUAAAGUUGUGCCUUCACAUUAAAUAAAAGCAUAUGGUCUGUGUAAUUUUUAAGAUGUAAUAUAUACAGUAUAUUUUUCUAAAAAAAAAGUCUUCACCCACCCCUGUACUUUUCUUACUGAAAUCUCUUUCUUUCAACUCUAAUGAUAGUUAAAAGUAUUUGUCAAAGUGAAUUUCUGAGCAGAUUUUACUGUAAAGAAUUAUGCAAAUUUUAUGCUGUAUAGAAACAACUGUUUAAGACCAUGUAAGAAGGCAGUUCAGCAAUGGAAUUUUAGACCUUUUAUCACUGCAGAGGUUAGAAAUAUAUAAUUUGAGAAUAUAUAUAAAUGUGUAUUUUUGUAGCAUAAGUUUAAAAAAAUCCCAAUCCUUUUUUAAACUUGAGAACCUAAAUUACUUCAGACUACAUGUGUAUUAUAUUAGAAUAUUUUUCCAGAUAUAGAGAAACAUAAUAUAUAGAACUAGUCAUUAAAAGGAAACAAAAACUGAAAUCCACAGUUUUCAGUUCUGCUGUUUCCUUGAAGAUGUAGCUUAAAUUUCUAAACUAACAUUUAAUUCCACUAUGGUAUUUCUGAUCUCUGAAGUUUGGUUCUGCUAAUGUUAAGACUUAAUAUUUUGUAAAAAUUAUUUUUCUUAUUAAAUUAUGUAUUAAUACAUAUGACUCAUUGUUUGAGUGUUAACAUCCCUAAUAAUCCCCUCCCCUACCUUUUUUUCCCCUGAUCCCUACUCCUUUCUCCAUAGGAAACCACUGUUAACUUUUUAAAAUUUGGAUGGAGAGUGGUUUACUAAUAUACAAAGUGUGCUUCAGAGAAAAGAAUUGGAGACAGAAGACAGGAGACUGGGUGUUAGUCUCAAUUUAAUUACAAGAGUUUGAGUAAAUUUUAUUAGCGCAAUAAAACUGUAUCUCAGCUUUCUCAUCUGCAAAAUGAGUAUGUUAGACCAACUAAUCACUUUGGUAUCUUCCAACUUGAAAAAAUCUUUCUCAUUCUUUGCUAAAUCUCAGAUGUGGACUUGAACAUUAUCCUGGGAGUCAUAGGUCACAUUAUCUUUCCAUUUUCUUUUAUUUUCUCUAAGAAAUUCCCAAAUGAAAAGUGAUUGCAAAGACAGCAGGAUUUUGUAUUUCUCUGUGAAUAAUGUACAAGAUAAUGUGAACAAAUCCAUGAUUUUUCAUCCUAAGGCCAGUUUAACUGAUUAAAAGAUAAAGCUAAUGCCUUUAAAAAUGGAUCAGACCUUUGAUGUUUGAACUAAAUUUAGUAUUUGAGGGAAUUAGAUGCUUUUGAUUAAUUGUUAAUUGUUAAGUUACGUAAUUUAUAGAUGUAGAAGCUCCCUUGACAGUCAGCCCUUCUUUCUACUUAAUACACUUAUGGGUCAUUUGGUUUAUGGCAAAUGACAAGUAUCUGACAAGUAAGAGUUCAUGUUAAUUUUGCCUCUAUAAUAUAAAGUUUGAAUUUUUUCCAGAGAAUUUAAUUUAUUUGGCAGACUCUGAUAGAGAGAACAGAUUAAGUGCCAUGUUAAAGCUCCAACUAUAUUUUCAUUUAUAAUAUCAAUAAAAUGUUUGCCAAAAUACAGCUUUUUUAAGUAAAAUUAUCUGCACUCUUAUCCCAGCUUUAGAAUAUUCAAAAGCCUCAACCACAUUUUAUGAAGAAUGUUAAGAGAAAAUUUUACAUCUAGAAGUCUGGAAUCUUAAUUCUUUGAUGCAAAUUCUACUUUAUCCAACCAUUAGUUAUCAAGAAGGUAUAACCUUGUUCUAGUUUGCUAUUUAAAUCUUACAGAUUAAAUAGAAAUAACAUAAAAAGUGAACUUUCUUAAGUUUCUCCAUCUUCAAUAUCAACUUUAUAUUGUACUUAGUCCUUCUAGCAACUGAACUGAAAAUAUUUAUAGAAAUUACAAUAAAGUGCAGAAAUAUUUGGGGAAUCAAAAUAUAAGCAAAAGAUAGCGGAGAUGGAAAUUUGGCUUUAGAAGACUGUAUCAUUUCUUCCUCUCUUGCCCUCCCACCACCAAUAACUUUAAGGGGAAGAGAAGUUUGGUUUUUUCCUAAACAUGUCUUUAAAACAAUAAAUAUUGUAGGAGAUUACUUACUGCAAAAAAAAAAAAGUCUGAGAAAUUCCCUAUGAACAUUUUUGUAGUUUAUCAAACAAAUUAUUAAAUACCUCAAAUUGUAAAGUCAAUGAUUUUUACUUCAGUUUAGUUCAGCAAAGAUAAAUAUGAGGUUUGUGGGAAAGGACUUUGAUAUUUUACGAUGUUAUGUUUCCUUCUAGCUUGUAGAUUUUUUUUUAGAUUAGCAAUACCUUAUUAGUAGACUCAGCAAUUUAUUUCUCUUUUGAAGGAAGAAAAUUUUAACCCAUCUGCUGUUGGCAUUCAUUGAUUUUAGUUACAUGUUCAUAGAGAUUUUGAUGAAAUGGUACAUUUAGAGUAAAUACAAAUGAGCUUUCCAGUUUUCCUUUGUUUUUUUAAUUUCUGCCUUAGAUAUAAGCAGAAACUAAUUUAUUUAAGUUUGGUCUCUAAAAUGUCAACUUGAUUUCAGCUAAUGAGACUUCACAAACAGGAAUUGCUUUUCAGACUAGUGGAUUGUACUAGUUUGAAAGGCUUUAUAUUUUCCCAUUAACAAGGAAAAAAGUUGUUAUGCCAAACAACCCAUUUUACAGUUUAAAAAAUUUAUUUUCAGUGCUCUAUUUACCUCAGAGGUAAUUCUAAAGGAGGUAGGGGAGGGUAAUGAAAAUAAAAUCAAAAUACUGAGUAAAAAUCAGUUUAUGCUUCCUGGAAGAAAAAUACUCUAUAAAUUCAAGAGAUCUGAAUCAAAUGACUUAACCUUUUGGAAUUUGAAAGAAAUUAUGUAGUACUCACAAUUUGGGUUACUGAAUUUUCAGAGUAAACAAAAUGAUUUAUAAGAGUAAUAUACAGGCCAUAUUACAGUGAAAAUCAUAUAUGUAAAUUUUCUUGUUUAAUGUUUCCAUAAGGACAGCUUUUUGUAUCUAAGAAAAUGUUCAUUGGGGAAAAUUUUUUUAACUAAAUUUUUUAGAAUAGUCCUACAUUAUUUGCAAUUAAGGGGCAACUAGAAGAAAAAAAUGUGGAAUAUUUAAUGUCAUUAUUUGUUUCUUUGAUUAGGCAUAAAAAGUAAACAACUUAUUUUGCUUUGGAAUAUGGAUUUUUUUUUCAGUAUCUAAAGUUUACCUGGUUAGCCUUGAGAUUUCCCAAUGAGACAAGUCAAUGUAAAUUACGUGGGUUUUGCUUGUUUUAUACCUUCUGUUGUAUUUUGAUCAUAUGAGAACCUUUUUUAAAGUACAUGACUGAAUUUUUACUUCUUAGAUGGAGGUUUGAGUGUGAAAUUCUUUUCUUUUAACACUUUGAUAUGCUAGUGUAAAUUAGUACUUUAAUAGCACUACUAGGCUUUAUUUUUUUAUGGAACAUGAUUUAAAAUUUUUUGAAGUGUUAAUCUGGCAGUGCUUUAAAACUCUUCAUUAUGUGCCAAUACUGACAAGAAAAACAGUUUUUUUAAUGUAUUGAAUUCACUAUGGUAUUCAAUAAAUUCUAUUUUAAAAUAAAA